AUGACGAUCAAGUGCGGUCCACCUUCUUGGUUAUAUCUAUUUUUGUCACUUUCAGGUCCUCAUUCGUUUGUUGACAGUCCAAACAUUCGCCGGCAAGAAACGCGUUCAGGCUGUCUCCUUAGAUUGGCCCAAAAAUUGUCUCCAUCCUCACCCCACUCACGCCCAAAGAAAUCUUUUAGAAGACACAGAGCACGUCUAACCCAGAAAAUCGGCUGUUUCUUGCCACGGCCCAGGCUACUAUUUGGGUAUUCAAUGGCUCCAAGUCAAAGCCGCGUCUCCCUCGAUUGCGUCUCGGUACAAUCUUUACUCAAGAUAGGAGAUACCAGUCCGCCCCUUACUUUUUUUACCUCUCAUACGGCAACUGCAACUGUACCUACAUCAUUAACAUCGUCCAUAGCUUAUCCAAACUCGAAUCCCUCUCAUGUCAUGCCCAAUCACCCGAGGCCGAAGCGCAUGUCUCUCAGUUUUCCCGUCGCUCUGAAUAUUCCAGAUCACGAAUCCACUGAUACUACUUCGCCACUCGUGGCAACACAGACAUUUGCCUCAGUAGCUACCGAGACUGUACUUUCACCCGCCGACCCAAAUAGCUUUUUGGUCGCUCUAGCAGGCCAAGAAAGAAGGGUACUUGAAUUAAGAGAAGAGCUCAAUAAAGCCGAGGAAGACCUAAGAAUUUUGAAGCAGAAGUGGAAAUCUUACGAAGCGCAACGAAAAAGAGGACAGGAGUCUAAUAUUGAACUGUUACCGUCUUCAUCUAUUCCUAGGUCUGCGAGAGGUCAUGAUUCAGACUUCGGCGUGGUAAAUCGAAGGCACAUAGAGGCCGACCGUCGUAAAGCACUCAUUGAGACUCUCAACAUUCCAAAGGAGUCACGUAGAACAUUCUCUGGUGCCCACACUCGAACUUUAUCCCUUCUAUCGCCUGAGAGAUCCAACUUUAACCAACUGUCACCAAUUGCAUCUGCACUAGAGAAAAAAUCAAGUGAACAUACCUCGUUACACCGUAGAAAUACGACUGUGUCUAGCUCGAGCCAGGUUAGCCCUGAAAUAUAUUCAACUCUAUCAAGAAAUUCUUGUCACUCAAAUAACGUAGCUAGUGGCACAAAACAUUUGGUCGAAAUGGCCGAAGAUGUUAAACGAGGAUUUAAGUCUGGGAUGCUGACAUUCUGGGAAGAUCUUCGUCAAGCCACGGUCGGGGAUGAGGGUGUUAAUGGAACUGCAUCUACCUAUUACACCCACGCUGAUUCUAAUCCACGAGACCUUCGCAAAAGUCGUCGAGCUGGUACACUCAACACUGAUAAUAGUAAGCGAGGCUCACCAUCAAAUAAUAUAAUGCCUCAGACUCCAGAAUUAGCAACUAGCGACGCUAGGCCCCUUUCUAACACGAAUCUGCCUGUUUCAUACCGUGAGAUGAAGGCUCCUACCGGAUCUAAACGACCAAAGCCUGUCUCAGUGGUGGCGCCUAUCAUCGAUGAGCUUGACGAUCCUUGGUCUAUUUGGGAUUCGCCACAUAAUAAUUCUCCACGAUGGAGCGGCAGUACAUCAAUGUCGAGUCCAGCUACACCUCCAGAUAGUGGCUGUCUCGAUAGAGAUUUAAAAAUAGUUGGCCGGUCCUCUGAAGACUCUGUUGCUUCCCAGAGACGUGAUCACAUUCCGUGGCAUGGCUUCGAAAAACUGUCACCUGCUAAUCUUAAGGGAAAUUUGCAAAAGACUAUGCUGACCUUCAUGAAAGACUGGGAGACUAAUGCUAUGCCUUCCCCAGAAACUCGUAACGAUCCAACUUCUACACAUUCAAUGCGGGCCAGAGUUCAGUCCUCUGAUUCCGAGCACAUAAGUACUCAGGAAGAUGUCAUACUAAUGUCCCGAUAA